ACUAGCUAUCACCAUACCAAUAUAGUUUUAUAGAUAGUUCAAAACGGAGGUGACAAACUGAAGGGUCAAACAUGUUUGGAAAUUAAAAGUUGUUUGAAUCAAAACAAACCUUUUUAGAAGUCUAAAUGGAUAGAAACUAGGAAAAUUGGAUUUAAAUAAUCUCAACUAUUAAUUAUUGGGUGUUUUAUUGCUUUUGAUCUAUUUUCUCCCAACAAUUUUUUUCUAACUAAGGUCUAACCUAGUUAGUUUUUCUUUCCUGGCGUGGACUACCACAUAAGCAGUCCACAUCAUCAAAACACUUCCACAUAAGUGGUCCACGUCAUUAAAAGUUUGACUUUUCCAUAUAAACAGUCCAUAUCAUCAAAACAUUGAUAUUUUUUACCAUAUAAGCAGUCCACAUCAGCAAAAAAAACUAACGAGGUUAGACAUUAACUAGAAAAAGCUUGUUGGGAGAAAAUAAGUUAAAAGUUGGUACUGUCCAUAACAUUUCGUUAGUUGAGACUGUUGUCGGCCAAAAGGUAUUACUUGAGAUUAUUUGAAUCUAAUUUUCCUAGAAAUUAUAAGUUACGAUAUAAAAACUUUUCUGAUUUUCAUCCUUAUUUCACUACAUUGAUCAUUAUACCCAAUUAAGGUUAUAGAGGUAACCUUUACCUUCCUUAACACCUAAACUUGAUCAAGCUUCAACAUGCAAUUUAAGAACUCAUUAAAUACGAUCUCAUUUCUGCCCAAAUUCGUUUGAUAGCCACUCUUUUACUCCCCUUGUUCCUCAUGUGUUCAUCGACCAUAGAAAAACGGAGAAAGAUGUCAUGGGUUUUGAACUCACUUUAUUCUAUCAUUUUGGAGACAAGUACACAAAUACACGAUUUGAACUCUUAACAUUUUGGUCAUGGAGCAAACUAGUUAACCACCGUAAUGUUCCCUUGGAACCCUUCCACGUUAAAUAAGCUUUAAAUUUUAAACCACAACAAACCAUUUUUAUUCUAUUAUUCCCGAUUAAAAUACAAAGUUUCCACUAUGUAUUUGGUGUUAGAGAAUUCUCUACAGUAGUAUUAAUUAUUUAACACAAUUAACUUGGCAAACAAAGUUAACCCGUAUAGAUUUUCUUUAACAAAGUUUUGGAAUAAGUUAUUCCUAUUAAACAAUCAAUUCAUUAUACAAAUAUAAUCCUUCAUAGAGAAGUAGUUGAACAUACCCUAAUUUUGGGAUGUUACAAUUUUUAUAAAUAUUUUACUUAUUUAUCCCUUUAUCAAUGAAUACUUUUGAAAUUAACCCAAUUUCCCCUCAAAAAAGACAUUCUCAGUUUGAAGAAAGCGGGUACUAAUCAAGCACAACUUAGUCCUGGUUUAAAAUAAUCACCAUAUUGAGAAUUGAUCCUAUCUCUUGUUAUUUCCUUUUUAUCGUUUCUUUAUUCUUCUCCCUUCCUUAUUUUGUUCCUUGAUUGUAGGCCUUUUCUUAGCUAUUUAUUCAUUGUAAUCGGUCCUUUGUGAUCAUCAGAAAAUAUACCAAAACUUUGAACCAUUUUAUGAUGGUAUCAGAGCAAACCCUAACCUAAUACACCCACCAUAAUCUGCCUCUACUCAUGGCCAGCGACGAUAGUUCCGGUGUCGCCAACAAGACUCCGAACAAUGAUUCCACCACAUCUCCUCUAUACAUCCAUCCCUCAGAUAACCCAAAACAAAUGCAUGUAAAUGAUGUCCUCACCGACAACAACUAUUCUGAUUGGUUUCAUUGAUGGAACCAUCAAGAAACCACAGAAAAAAACGAACCCGACUACAUGGCCUGGAUGCCAUGGGCGAAGUAUAGAAGGGGCGGGAGGGGGCGCCCGGCUACGGUUGGUUUCAUUGAUGGAACCAUCAGUAGUGUUAUAUAUGUAGUUUUCGUAUAGAAAUUUUUGGGUAUAUAUGUUUUCGACCCCCUGGUAUAUACGUUUUCGACCCCCCGGUCAUUAGGGUCAAGCUUCGCUUGUGAUGCCAUGGUGAAAGGUUGGCUCACGACGGCUAUGGAAAGAGAAAUCAGAAACAGUGUGAAAUACGCAACUACUGCCACUAAGAUCAGGACUGAUCUUGCUGAACUGAUCUUGCUGAACGGUUCGGAAAAGAAAGUGCCCCUAGGGCAUACGAGUUGAAGCAAACGCUAAACAACAUGCAACAAAACGAAACCUCUGUUUUAGCCUAUUACACAAAGCUUCGCGGCAUAUGGGAUGAGAUGCAGUCGGCUCUUUCCAUCCUACAGUGCACAUGCCUCGGCUGCAAUUGUGGCUUAGCGAAGAAGAUGAUCGAUGUCAGAGAUAAGGAACAACUCUAUGAGUUCCUUAUGGGACUUGAUAACAAUUUUUCUGUCAUUAGGACCAAAUCCUUGCCAUGUCUCCCACACCUACUCUUGGUAAUGCGUAUCGACUUGUCUCUGAAGAUGAAAAACAUAGGGCCAUUGUCGCUGACAAGGUCACGCACAAUAAAUCAGCCGCUUUCAAGGCCUUCAUACCUUCAAAAAGUGACAAUAAUCCAGGUUCUAAACGUGACAAGCAGCCCGUUCCAAAAGAAGACAAACGGACCGGCCUUGCUGAUAAACGUACGGACACUGCUGAGCAUUGCACCUAUUGCGGGAGGAAUGGGCACAAUCGUGAUGGUUGUUUCAAGCUUGUUGGGUACCCGGAAUGGUGGUCGGGAAAUAAGAGACGUGAUGAAGCAAAACCGAAGGCAACAUGUGUUGACAGUACCGAAGGCCCUAUACCAGAAACUCCAAUCGAGGAGCUUGAUUGGUGCGGGUGACUGCAAAGAUGGUCUAUACCGAAUGGGGACGUUUGAAGUCAAGAGGAAAGCUUUGAUGACAUCCGUUCACAUUUGGCAUAGAAGAUAGAUUGGGACAGACUUUUGGUGAAAAACUCAAUUUUUUAGAUUUUGUUCAAAAUUCUUCGCUUAAUAAAUUUUGUGAUUCUUCUUCCAAAGCCAAACA